AACCCCAUCGCCCCGCGCGCGCCCGCAUCCAGCGGCCUCCUCUCCGAGCUCCCCACCAUCUUCCAAGGCGCGACCGAGCUCCUCAGCCCGGAGACGGUCGACAAGCUCGAGACGAUCGUCAGCGGCGGCGCGGUGCUGCUCGGCGGCGACACGCCGCAGAACCUGCAGCGGCUGCUGUCCGGGCCCAACAUCGACAAGCUGCAGCGCCUCCUCGACAAUGCGGACCGUCUGCUGACGCCGGGGUUCGUCAACGAGACGACGCAGCUGAUUGAUAUGGCGAAUCCGGUG